UUCCGCCCCCGGCCUCCCGCCCUUCCCCUUCCCGCCCGCUCCCCUUUUCCCCUCAGUCGACUCGCGCCUCCAGUUUUGGCUUUCACUCCCACCAGUGACCAAAGACUUGACCACUCAAAGUCCAGCUCCCUGUAACUACUAGACAUGGACACCGGUGUGAUUGAAGGUGGAUUAAAUGUCACUCUCACCAUCAGGCUGCUUAUGCACGGAAAGGAAGUUGGCAGUAUCAUUGGAAAGAAAGGAGAAUCUGUUAAGAAGAUGCGCGAGGAGAGUGGUGCACGUAUCAACAUCUCAGAAGGGAAUUGUCCUGAGAGAAUUAUCACUUUGGCUGGACCGACUAAUGCCAUCUUCAAAGCCUUUGCUAUGAUCAUUGACAAACUGGAAGAGGACAUAAGCAGCUCUAUGACCAAUAGCACAGCUGCCAGUAGACCCCCAGUUACCUUACGGCUGGUGGUCCCUGCUAGUCAAUGUGGGUCUCUCAUUGGAAAAGGGGGUUGCAAGAUCAAGGAAAUAAGAGAGAGUACAGGGGCUCAGGUCCAGGUGGCAGGGGAUAUGCUCCCCAACUCAACUGAGCGGGCAAUCACUAUUGCUGGCAUUCCGCAAUCCAUCAUUGAGUGUGUCAAACAGAUCUGCGUAGUCAUGUUGGAGACUCUCUCCCAGUCCCCCCCGAAGGGCGUGACCAUCCCGUACCGGCCCAAGCCCUCGAGUUCUCCAGUCAUCUUUGCAGGUGGUCAGGACAGGUACAGCACAGGCAGCGACAGUGCGAGCUUUCCCCACACCACCCCGUCCAUGUGCCUCAACCCUGACCUGGAGGGACCACCUCUAGAGGCCUAUACCAUUCAAGGACAGUAUGCCAUUCCACAGCCAGAUUUGACCAAGCUGCACCAGUUGGCAAUGCAACAGUCUCAUUUUCCCAUGACCCAUGGCAACACCGGAUUCAGUGGCAUUGAAUCCAGCUCUCCAGAGGUGAAAGGCUAUUGGGCAGGUUUGGAUGCAUCUGCUCAAACUACUUCUCAUGAACUCACCAUUCCAAACGAUUUAAUUGGCUGCAUAAUCGGGCGUCAGGGCGCCAAAAUCAAUGAGAUCCGUCAGAUGUCUGGGGCGCAGAUCAAAAUUGCAAACCCAGUGGAAGGAUCUACUGAUAGGCAGGUCACCAUCACUGGAUCUGCUGCCAGCAUUAGCCUGGCUCAGUAUCUAAUCAAUGUCAGUUUAGAAAACGCUAAACCCUCCUCCCAGGCAGCCUCCGUCACGAUCCCUGAUCACCUCAGCAUCAACCUCUCUCAACCCUCCACCCCUUCUUCUUCUUCUUCCUCCUCCACCACCACCCCCUCGCUCGCCACAGCGGGGACUUCCGACGCACCCUCCAGCCUCCCCAACCCUCUUCCGACCGCCCCUUGUGUCUCCAGUCUGCUUGGCAUGAAACCCAUCCCUCUCCUGGCUCUAAAUGUUGUGUCUGCUGCUAAGGGUUCCGGGGCUUCAGCUACCACCACCACCACCUCUACUGUGCCAUGUGUAACUAACAAACUGAAAGGCGAGAAACAGAGAUUCUCUCCCUACUGAGUGCAUAUCUUGGCACCUCGUCAAAUGUUGGUUCAUUUUGUUUUUCUUUGUUAACAUUGAUAAGAACCAAACUAUUGUGAGCUUGUGACCAUUUUCUUUUUACUACUUUGGGGGAUGACUGGGUGGGGGUGGGGAUGGGUAAUUCUUGUUUAGGUUUAGGUCUUUACAGCCAGUGCCUGUUUCAGAGUCUGACUUGUUGAUUGAAAUCUUUAUCUGGAGCCACAGUUCUUUCUCUCUCUCACUCUGUUACACUUUUUUGUAGCUUUAUUCUGCCUUGCAAUAUAUAAACAAUGUGUUAGGCUCUGUGUUGAUGAAUAAAAGCUUCUCCGUUAA